UUGCGGUCUUAUCCCAAACUCCAAAGAACACAGAAAAUUUUCUUGGUGGUCUCCAAUGGCUUUCUCAGCGACUCUGUCUCAGCUUUCCUCUCUCUCUACCAUCUCCUCUUCAUUACCAUUUUCUUCUAGAAGAUUCCCUCUUCGAUCUCUACCUCAAUUCUCAGUCAAAGCAGAAGCAGAGAAAGAGAAACAGAGCACACAGGCCAAGUCGGAAGGGGAAGCAUCACCAGCUGCUGCAACCAAAACCCCUAAAACGCUUCCCAAGAAACCGGUUUACUCGAUGAAAAAGGGUCAAAUCGUUCGUGUGGACAAAGAGAAGUACCUCAACAGCAUCAAUUACUUAUCAGUUGGACAUCCUCCUUUUUACAAAGGACUUGAUUACAUCUAUGAAGACCGGGGUGAGGUCUUGGACCUUCGUGUUUUUGAGACAGGGGAGUAUGCACUUGUUGGAUGGGUUGGUAUCCCGACUGCACCAGCUUGGCUACCAACAGAUAUGUUAAUCAAGUCUGAGAAACUUGUUUACGAGCGAAUGUAAACUCCACAAGCUUCCAAGAAGAAUCCCUUGGAAUGAAAAUGAUAUGAAGGUUGUCUGUCAAGCUGAGAUAAACGUUAACAAUAGUACCAUCGUCAUGAUCAUGUCUUCAAGUGUUUGAGAAAAGAUCAAAAUUACCUACAAAAACUGCUCUGGAAUGUAAAGAUUUAAGAAUGCAGCCUUAGUAGAUGGCUUCCUUAACCAAUCCAGUUCACACCCUUUGUUCUAUUCUUUUAUUAUCCACUAUUUCAUCUUCUUUCAGCAACCA